AUGUCAUUAGCAUAUGAACGAAUUGAAGCGUUUUUAAUCGUCAUUACCAGUGAAAAAUGUAUUGAUGUUGAUCAGAAAGAUAACUUCAUGUUUCAGUAAGUUUAUUUUUCGUUUUAUUUUUAAUUAAAAAUGGCAAAAACUUUCUUUCAACCUCAGUUUUGUCUCUUUUUUCAUAGCUGACAAUGUAUAUUUUUUUCAAUUUUAAUAAAAGUGCACUUUUCAGUUUCACGAUCAACUUUGGUGGCUCUCGAAACAAUUACAUUGUUAUCGAAUAUUAUCCACCACACCGGAUUUUUGGUUUGAGAUUAAGUGACAAAGCGUACGGUAUUUUACUAAUUUUUGAUAUUUUAUGUUGAAAUAGUAAGACCUAAUUGGAUUUAACGUGUCGUGUUCAUUGUGGCGACCUAAAUGACCUUUUAAGAAUUUUAGGCAGUGCUUCACCAUCAACACGUUGAACUUGAAGGUCCAGGAAAAUGGUCUUGUUUUUGUGUUACCUAACAUCAGAUGCAAGGAAAAUCGAAAUAUUGAGUACGUUUACGACUUAAACUCUAAAAACGUGCCUCACAAUUACAAAAAAUCUGCAAAAACUUUGUUUACAGCCUAAUUUUUGUCACUUUCACCUAUGCUGAUUAGGAUCCGGCUGACAUUGAAAAUUCAUAACUACUGUAGUUCUUACUGUAAUUUUUUGGGAUUUUGUGAGAAUAUAGCUAAAACAAUGUCAAACCAUCACAAUGCUAAAACUUUUUAAAAAAUUGGCAAGAACUUUCUUUACGCAAUAAUUUUUGUCCCGUGCCCCUAAGCAGGUUCGAACCCAGCUCACUUUUUGGAUUCAUAACUUCUGUAUCUCUAACUGUAACUUUUCGAAAUUUAGUGCCAAUAUAGCUGAAAAGACGUCGAACCAUAGCAAAUAUGUAAAAACUUUCUUUCCAGUGUGCCAUAUCGAAAAAUCGGGGACAAUCGGUUCAAACUGGACAUUCGACUGGACUUUUCUGGUUAUCCCACGCACUACAAAGACUGUCUGGAGCUGAACUUUCCAAAUUCGCUGCUGCUUACUAGAUCAGAUACGGCAUCGUAUUUACCAUCGUUAUUCUUGCUUACAAUAGUGGUUUUAACAGUAAUUUAA